AUGGCAGCAAUAUUUCGAGACUCGUCUGCAGGGCAGAUAUGCCGACUGUUUCUGGGCAUGAAGAUCGCGCCGUACGAAGACGAAAAGGAAGGGUUUUCUCUGCCCCAGGCAGAGCGCCCGCAAGCUGCAUUUCCAGCUGUACCAUCCGUGAACGGAAGCAGUGAUGAAGCCGACGAUCCCUCAGAGGCGGAAGCAGAGAAGAAUGUGGAAGAGGAUGUUGAGGGCAAUGCAACAGGUGCUUUCGAUGCCAACGUUCCUACUCAGACUCGAGCAGCUCGCGAUCCAAACAUAAUCACCUGGACUGGGCCGAACGACGAGGACAACCCGCAAAACUGGUCUACGUUGAAGAAGUGCUUCACCUUUGGUGAGAUAUGUUUGCUGACGUUUACCAUAUACAGCGCUUCGGCUAUCGUCACGCCUGCUGAGCCUACUUUCGAGGAAAAGUUUGGCCUCAGCGGGCAAGUCUCCGCGUUGAGUUUGUCGAUGUACGUGAUAGGCUAUGGUAUAGGACCUUUGGUAUUCUCUCCAAUGAGCGAGAUGGGUGACGUUGGACGAAACAUUGCCUACAUGGGCAGCUUCGUCGUCUUCAUUAUCAUGACGGCUGUGGGCUCUGGAGUAAACAAUUACCCAGGCAUCGUCGUCGUCCGUUUCAUACAAGGCUUUUUCGGUGGACCCGUGUUGGCCAUGGGUGCGGCAAGCGCGCAGGACAUUCUUCCCUUUCACAAGGUCCAGUACGGCGUCUCCUUCUGGACUCUUUUUGCGUACGCUGGCCCGGCCAUUGGCCCGCUGCUGACGGGCUUUGCUGUUCCUCUUGAUACCUGGCGCUGGUCAUUCUACGAAACCCUCAUCUUGGCCGGCUUCACGUUGUUUCUACUCUUCUUCUUCCUUCCCGAGACGAGUGCCGAGUACAUUCUGACCAAACGUGCUGCGCGUCUACGCAUCAAGACGGGGAACCAGGACUUGAAGUCCGAAUUUGAAGCCCACGCACGACAGAAAGAUUGGCUCAAGCUGAUCUCCUACCAUCUAAUUAUGCCUUUCAAGAUUACGGCGCUGGAUCCGUCUAUUCUGUUCAUCAACAGCUACACGGCCUUGGUCUAUGGAAUCUACUAUUCGUUCUUCGAGUCUUUCCCGCUGGUUUACAUCCGAAUGUACGGCUUCUCUAUCGGAGUCAUGGGUAUCGUAUUCCUUUCCAUCAUCAUUGGUGCCGGAAUCGCGUUGAUCAUCUACGCAGUCAUCAUCAGGGUAGUAUAUGAACCUUACAACUUACAAAGAGGCAUCGGCAAGCCUGAGUACCGCCUUGUCCCUGGCAUUCCCACCGCCGCCCUUACUCCGGUGGGAAUGUUCAUCUUCGGCUACGCAGCGAAGCCUUCAAUCACCUGGGUAGGACCAACGGUUGGCCUUUCUCUUUACGCAGCCACCACGUUCAUCCUUAUCAAUAGUCUCUUCAUAUAUCUCCCAUUAUCUUAUCCCCGAUAUGUGGCCAGCAUUUUUGCCGCGAACGGUUUCUUCCGCAGUGCCAUGGCUUGCGCGGCAAUACAUUUCUCGCAACCCCUGUUCAACAAUCUGGGCGUGGGAAACGGAUGUGCCGUACUUGGCGGUCUUGCUGCGGGCUGUGCGAUCGUGUUCGUGGGUCUCUGGAAGUGGGGCCCGUAUCUACGUGCCAGAAGCAAGUUCGCGGAGGCUUAUUAA